CGAAGACGUUCCAACAGCUGCACGUUUAUCCGAACUGCCCGUCCCAUCGGCCCCGUUCGCUUUCUUAUCGCACGUGUGCAAUCGUCCAACGAUCAUACCGACUGCCUGCCCGCUGCUCGUCUGAUCGUUGUUGACGACAUACAUAAUAUGCACAGCCCACACUCACUAUAGCCCCUCCAAUGUCGAACACUCUCCGCACGCCGGAGCACGACGCCUUCUUCCUCCGCCAGACCAACGUCUCCAACCCAUCCGUCAUUCACAGUCGUCCCUCCCUCACCUCCGUCGCUGCCUCCGAAGACUACUACUCGCUAUCCAACUCAGGCUCGUCUGGUCGAUCCGUCGAGUCUGCCAAUGCUCUGCACGCAUCACGACAAACCAUCACUCGCUUCCAAACACCACCCUCGCGAUACCGAACCCCAUCACAAAGCCAAACUCAAUUAGCUGUUCAACCCCAGCAUGCACCCGUCACCGAGGAAGAGGAGCAGCACCGGAAGACUCCGCUAAGAGGGGAAGGCCACAGACGGGCGAGCAUCGAAGAGGCACCCGCAGCUCCUGCAGCUGCUGCAGCUUGUGGAGUCGUUGCAGGAUCAAGUCAGCCUCAUCCUCAAGGACAACUACGAAACGGUGGAAUCAGAAGAAAGCCCGUGCCCAGCGCCGUUAUGGAGGACACUCGAUCGACCAAGACGGCGAGUCGCAUAUCACCAACGCUUGCCCAAAGCUCAGCAGCACAAGCGAUUAAUCGAGAAAGAGACGCACCCACGCCAGGUGUUGACGAUACACCCUACAUCCACUUCGCCCUCGAUCAGCUUACCCGAGACGAAGAAGUUCGAGGCAGCCGACGAUACCCUGGAGGUCCGGGCAUCGAAGGCCAGUAUCCCUACGAUGCUUCAACAGCCGCACAUUGGCCUAAUGCUUUGCAGCCCCAAAAGCAGCACCGCUAUGAGGAAGUGCCGCAAGAGGAGAAGCAGGAUCUGGAGCAGGACAUCGGUGUCCUACCUGCACCACGCAACUCCGAUCGAACGAGCAAAGGAUACUCACAAGUGGCCCAGCCGCAAGGACCGAACUUAUUCAUCCCAGUCAGUCAAGCAGAGUCGCGGCAACCGCCGUUGAACUUCAUCCCAGGCAUUCUGCGACCUCUGGCGCUUUCUGCAUUUGUGCUAGCACUUCUGGCGUACCUGAUCUGCCUGAUCAUCGCUGCGGCAUGGAGCAGAGCCAAUGGAGGCAUGGGUCUGACGGAGUACGAAGGCUUCGCGGAUGGGAAAUACUUCGUGUUCCGAUACUUGCCAACGAUCCUCGGAAUGGCCAUCCUCAUGUGGCUCUUUGAGAUUGUCAAGGCCAUCUACCGCAUCGCUCCAUUCAUUGCAAUGGCCUCUUCAGCUUCGCCACCUUCUCGAUUUGCAGGGGCAAAGUUGCCUCUGCAGCCCCGCAGUCUACUCCUGCCUUACUUUGGGCACUUCGGUGCCCGAAUGCCCACCGUGGGAACGUUUCUACUCGUGGCUUGGUUGCAGAGCUUCACCAUCCCGCUUCUGGCCAGUAGUUUCAACGUGCACCAGGAUAGCUCCGCCUCAUGGCAUUGGAUUGCCGUGCAGGGCGUGAUCUGGGUCGUCAUCGCGCUUUACAUCUUGCUCCUCGUUUUGUCCAUUGUGUUGAUCUACGGCGUCACACGAACAACGACCAGCCUGAAGUGGGAUCCUCGCAGUCUCGCGGAUUUGAUCGUCCUCCUUGAACGCAGCAACGCUCUGGAUGGUGAAGGCGAGACCGUGCCUCAGAUCGGCUACUUCCGUACCUCGCAUCGGCCCAACGACGUCUUCCAUGCCUACGGCAUUGCAGACAAGCCGGCUCGGAGCUACGAAGUGGAGGACGGUCGAAUCCGCGAGAAACGGUAUUCCGAACCAGACAUGGACCUCGAAGCCGGACGGCAGCCGCGUCAGUCCAAAGAAGCAAUCCUCCGCGAUCACCACAGCGAAGAAGACCACGCGACUGGCUCCCCACUUCCCUGGUUCUUGCAGCCAUUCUUCGCGCUUCUCUGGCCGAUCGUGGCCAUCGUGCUUCUGCUCGCAUUCUUGAUCGUCUCCUACCUUCCCUCAACGGCGAUCGACAACGGCUUCGAUCCUCUGGUUCCGGCAGCAGUCGACACGCUCGGCUUCAGCGGCACGAACUUCCUCUACAGCUUCCUGCCUGCGCUGCUGGCUAUGAUCGCCUUCCUGGGGUGGCACGACAUCGACCUUGCGUAUCGCCGUCUUACGCCGUUUGAGAGCUUGACGUCCAGCACGCAAUUUGCAGCCAAAAAUACCACCUGGACCGGAGAUUCGACUGGCAAUACGGCCGAACGAACGCUGCUCACGUCUUACACCGCCGACCUUCCCGUCCUCACUAGCCUGAGUGCACUCUUCAAUGGACACUAUCGUAUGGCAUUCAUCUCCGCCGUCACCCUACUCAGCGCCGCGAUACCCAUCUUGGCCGGUGGCGUCUUCUGGGCACAAUUUUACAUCGCCCAACAGCGUGUUAGAAUAUCCGCUGACAUGUCUGCUUACAUCGCCCUCUCCGUCUUCGUCACAAUCUACGCUCUGGCCUACCUCGCCAUCUGGCCCAGCUCCUCCCUCCGCCACAGCAAUCUCCCCUCUCACCUCGACACUUUCGCUGGUAUCAGAGACUGCCUCUCUCAAAGCCGCCUCCUCGACGAUUUUGCCUUCCGCAACCCUGUCAGCAAAAUCGAUCUGGUGACGAGAUUGCUCUCGAGCUCGACACAUCGCCAACGUAACAACAUCCAACAUCAGCAGCAAGACUCUCACAACGAGAAGCUCCUUCCGCCCCGAUCGCAGCUCUACUCUAGCCAAGCGGAGGCUGCAGCUGGGAGUAAAAUCUCUUUGGCAGAUUCCGUGAGAGGAUUCGGACGGGCUAGACAGCAGGCUGAACAGAACCGAGACCUGUUGCCUGUCGCGGCUGACGCUCCUGUGGGAGGAGGACCAGCGAGAUAUGCUUAUGGAAGAUUCGGCGGCAGAGAUGGCAGGGAGUGCGUGGCGAUUGAUCGCGUCAGGAGGAUUUGAAGAUGAUGGGGAUGAGAAACUCGAUUGAUGAUUUUACUUUUACUGCGAUUUAGCGAUGGCGCUUUCAGGGAGUUUGUUUGUUAUGAGCAUCGGGUUGAUUGUUUCGCAGGAGAAACGGAGAAGUCAUCGACGAAGAUGACACGAAUGAAGAGACGGACGCAUGGAAGAACGGGUAUACGAUUACGAGACAUAUGCAUUGAGAGAACUGUAUGAGAGACGAAGACGAAGCAUGGACAGAAGCCUCUGCUCUGGAGGAGCGAGAAUACUCGGACA